AUGAAGAUUAUCUUUCUGCUAGCUGCACUAAUGGCCUGUGGCUUAUCUGAGGUACAAGGGAACUUGAUACAAUUAAAAAACAUGAUUCAGAAGCUCACAGGAAAGGAUGCAUUGAUUAACUAUGGCUUCUAUGGUUGCCACUGUGGUUGGGGAGGCAAAGGAACCCCCUUGGAUGCUACUGACAGGUGCUGUUUGGCCCAUGACUGCUGCUAUUCAAAGCUGAGGAAGAAAGGCUGUAAGCCCAAAUCACAGGACUACAACUUCGAAUACGAAGGUGGAUCCAUCACCUGUGGGUCUGGGAACUACUGUCAGAAGCAACUCUGUGUGUGUGAUCGAACAGUUGCUUACUGUAUGAAGGAAAACCUGGAGAGUUACAAAGUGAAAUAUCGCAACUACCCCAAUUUCCUGUGUAAAGGGAAUAAACCUAAAUGCUGA